AUGAGAAAUGAGGGUGAUGGGGCAAUUUAUUGGAAAUAUGUUGGCAGGGUACUAAGCAACAACAAGCUUAAUGGGACACUGGAUAUUGGCAACAGUUAUAGCAACAAUUUGACCGUUGAUUUGCAGAACAACUCCAUUAGCGACUUUACACAGAAAGCAAGUUACAAUAUGGUCUUGAAGCUUGUGGGUAACCCAAUUUGUCAGGGAAAUGGAGCAACCGAACGAUACUGCACAAUUCAGAAAUCCAACCCUUCAUACAUCACACCAACAAAUAGCUGCACUGCCGUGGUCUGCCGUUCAGACAGAAUAUUAAGUCCAAAUUGCAAAUGUGCAUAUCCGUACACAGGAACCCUACACUUCUUUUCUUUUUCCUUUUCAAAUUUAGAAAACUCAAGUUACUUCAGAACACUUGCGGAGUCUCUGAUGUCAGCUUUUCAGUCCAAUCAACUUCUUGUGGAUUCAGUUUCUCUUAGUGAUCCAACCGUUGAUGUAUACUCUUACCUUCAGUUCAGACUGCAAAUCUUUCCUUCUGCUCUGGAUCAUUUCAAUAGAACAGGAAUUUCUACAGUUGGUUUUCUGCUCACCAACUCUUUCCCGAUUCCAAAUUAUGGGAGUUACUCCUUUAAAGAAGAGAGCUAUUGUUGCUUUGCAGGAGCAAAAAAACCAUCUAAUACAGGAAUUAACGUUGGAGCAGUAGUUGGUAGUUUUGUGCUUGUGCUUUUCAUACUCGGUGCAGGAUUUUAUGCUUUCCAUCAAAAGAGAGAAGCAAAACGAGCAGUUCAACAGAGCAACCCUUUUGCAAAUUGGGACCGUGAUGAAAGCAGUGGUGGUGUUCCACAACUUAAAGGAGCUAGAUGGUUUUCAUUUGAAGAGCUUCGGAAAUGUACUAACAAUUUUGCAGAAGUGAACGCUGUUGGAUCUGGGGGCUAUGGGAAGGUUUAUAGAGGAACUAUUGCCUCUGACCAAUUAGUUGCCAUCAAAAGAGCUCGACAGGGAUCAUUGCCGGAUGCUCUUCAGUUUAAGACUGAGAUUGAGCUUCUAUCAAGGAUCCAUCAUAAGAAUGUUGUCAGCCUGGUGGGUUUCUGUUAUGAGCAAGGGGAACAAAUGCUGGUCUAUGAGUAUAUUCCAAAUGGUACCCUGAAAGAUGCUCUUUCAGGGAAGUCAGGAUUCCAAUUGAACUGGAUGAGGAGACUUAGAAUAGCCCUUGAUUCAGCCAAAGGUCUGGCCUAUAUGCAUGAGCUUGCCAACCCUCCCAUCAUACACAGGGACAUUAAGUCAACCAACAUCCUACUAGAUGAUUGUCUAAAUGCAAAAGUUGCCGAUUUUGGCUUAUCCAAACUUAUGGAAGAUACCAGUAAGAAUUAUGUCAGCACUCAAGUCAAAGGGACAAUGGGAUACAUGGAUCCUGAAUAUUACACUACCCAACAACUGUCUGAAAAGAGUGAUGUUUAUAGCUUUGGAAUUGUAUUGCUGGAGCUGGUAACUGCAAGGGCACCAAUAGAGCGAGGGAAGUACAUUGUGGUAGUGGUUAAGAAUGCAAUUGCUAAUUUAACGGAUCAAUAUUACAUUCAUGACAUUCUUGAUCCAACCCUCGGUCCAAGUGCAAAACUUGGAGGCUUGAAAAAGUUUGUGGAGUUGGCAAUGAGAUGUGUCAAAGACUCUUCAUCUGAGAGGCCUACAAUGGGUGAGGUGGUGAGAGAAAUUGAGAACAUCAUGCAGUUAGCUAGUUCGAACAAGAAUUUUGAAACAGAGUUCACUUCAUCGAGUUAUGAGGGGAGUUCAGACGGGAGUAAGGCCUUUGAUUACAGUGGAGGAUUAUAA